GCGCAUGCGCUCGCGUAAAAUGUAGUUGGAAAUGAGGUGUCCGUCUUGGAGUAGUCGACUUUUAAAAAGCAUCGGCAGCCCCUGAUAUGACGACUUCGCUGGUUCUGCAUCCACGCUGGGCGGACACCUUGAUGUACGUUUACGAAAAAAGCCCGAAUGAAAAUAAUCCGAAUAAAAGCCAAACAAUGGAGGGACUGAGCGGGAAUUGCCCGGCGACCCAUUGCAGGGACCUAAUGUCGCACCCAGCGCUGGGACGACAUUCUGGCACUAUAGCUACCCAUCAGGGUUCUGUGUAUUCGGAUAUAUCUUCCACAGACACCGGUCGACAGUGUCCUGCUCCCCAAACCUCCUCAAGUGCAUCUCUGAGCUACGGUUAUCCUUUUGGUAACCCUUAUUACGGCUGUAGAUUAUCUCACUCACACAACGUGAACUUGCAGCAGAAGCCAUGCUCCUACCAUCCUGCAGAUAAAUAUGCCGACCCCACAAGCACCGCGUUGCCCACGGAAGAGCUGUCCAGCAGAGCGAAAGAGUUCGCAUUCUACCCCAGUUUCGCCAGCUCGUACCAAGCGGUUCCUGGAUAUCUAGAUAUGUCAGUAGUGCCCGGCAUAAGCCACCCCGAACCCAGGCACGACGCGUUGAUUCCUAUGGAGGGUUACCAGCAUUGGGCUCUGUCGAAUGGCUGGGAUGGGCAGGUGUACUGUUCCAAGGAGCAAACCCAGUCCACUCAUCUUUGGAAAUCACCAUUUCCAGACGUAGUCCCCUUGCAGCCUGAGGUCAGCAGCUAUCGUCGUGGACGUAAGAAGCGGGUUCCCUACACCAAGCUACAGUUAAAAGAACUGGAGAAAGAGUACGCUGCCAGCAAGUUCAUCACCAAAGACAAGAGAAGACGCAUCUCUGCCGGGACCAACCUCUCAGAACGCCAAGUCACCAUUUGGUUUCAGAACCGACGAGUGAAAGAGAAAAAAUUCGUCAGCAAAUCCAAGACUAGUAAUCAUAUGCAUACUACUUGAUAGAUUUUCUGCACAAUGUAAUGCAGCUGAUAUCCAUUAUUUACAUCCAUUAUUUACCUCCUAGCGACAGCCAAGCCUGAAGAACACCCCCGCAGAGAAUUUUAUUAAAGUUCCAACGGUCCACACACACCCUCCAUGCCAUCCACCGCUCUUUUUUCAUUUAGAGAAAGAAAUGCUCUAAAAACUGUGAAAUAGAAAAAUCAGUUAAACUUUGUUUUAUAUGAAUGUACAUAUAUAAAUAUAUAAUAUUUAAAACGAUAUCUGUAUUUCAAAAACACACAAGGAUUGCGUGUUUUUUCUGAAACCAAUCUUUCGAGGAAUGUUGACAUUUUCAGGACUUCGUCCAGCGGGAAUCCAGAUCAAAACAGAAAAAGAUAUUUUCACCAUGCCAUCAGAAGAAUAUAUGAACUGGGCAGCGAAAACAAGAACUUGAAUCAACUCGAAAUGCUACAAUAAAACAAUAUGAUGUUUAUUUUCUUCAGACACGAACUCAAUAGUUUUUUGCAGGGGAGGAAGGUUGAUAGAACUGUUCUGUUUCAACCUGCUACGUCCCGGAUUUCAGAAGCUAUGUAUGUUUGUAUUUCUGUGGGAUAUGUUUAGUUAAUAGGUAAAAGUAAGGCUGCUAUUGUUAUACAUGUACAGUGCAAUGCCUUUAUUAUUUAAUUCAUAUUCUCCCGAAUGACAGGGCUGUAAAUUAGAAUGUCUCAAACUCUUUGUGUUCCUUUAUCUGUGAAGGAUCAUGUCUGUCAUGCAACUGGAAUGACUGUAAGCAAUUAAAAUCAAUGAGUAUUACACAUACAUGCACAAUCGUUUUUUUUCUGUUGACGUAUAGAGCAUUUUGAGCUAUUAAUUCGCCUUGUACGCUGUCUUGUAACUUCAUUUCGUGCAGUAGCCUUUGUGAAAUGUGCUGUGGUGUUUAAAACGUACUGGUAACAUGUUCCAUAAAUAAAUGUUAAUGAACGCCAUUUCCAUACUUUCACCACGUUCAGAUAACUUUUUGUUUAAAUGACUAUACGAUGUUCUGGUUCUUUCCUAUCGGCCAUUGCAGUUAUCCUUUUGUGUAAUGUAUAGGUUCCUGACUUCCUCGUGGUAUGUCUACUCAAAUCGCCGUUGUUAUUGAGAAAAGCUGAUAUAUGUCCCCAAUCACUGCAAGGCAACACGUGGUUUUUAUUUGAUAAACGUGUAUGACCAGGUGUGAUGACUUUCGUCAGCCACCGAACUGAUCAACUUGCUCAGUUGUUCAGAUUUGGUGCCUAGUUCGAACACACUGGCAGU